UCCGCGCGUGCGCGCCCUGCGUGUCUGGUUUCUGGAGCGGCCGUCCGCUUUUUCUUACGCAGAUGGGCUCUGUGGCCUAGCGCCCCUGUGCCCACCGUCCGUGAUCGCACGCCGAGGCCCGCGAGGGGUCGCCGCCGAGGUUUCCACCAGCCCGCAAGCAAGAGCAUGGCAGCCAUCCCCUCCAGCGGCUCGCUCGUGGCCACCCACGACUACUACCGGCGCCGCCUGGGCUCCACUUCCAGUAACAGCUCCUGCGGAAGUGCCGAGUACCCUGGGGAAGCCAUCCCCCACCACCCGGGUCUCCCCAAAGCAGAUCCAGGACACUGGUGGGCUAGCUUUUUCUUCGGAAAGUCCACUCUCCCGUUCAUGGCCACAGUGCUGGAGUCCCCAGAGCACUCGGAGUCUGCCCAGGCCUCCACCAGCACGAUCACCUGUGACCUGGCUCGGGAAGCUGUGGGGAAGCAGCAGCCCAGCGGCCAGCCUGGCAAAACCAACUGCAGGCCCCCAUCCUGAGUGACCACCACCAGCUGCCAGGCUUUCUUCCAAGGCGCUAGGCUCAUCAGAGCCCUCUUCCUUCCCCCGCCCUGUACCCUUCCUUCCCUUCCUCUCCCCAAGACCAAGCAGGCUGCAGUCAAGGGAAGCAGUUCGGUUUUUAAUAUCAAAACACCAAAAAGGAAGUUGAGAGAACCCCACUCUCUGCUAUCCGAGCCACACGAACACGCCUUCCUCACAUCCCGGAACCCUGUGCCUUGCACCAAGUGGACAAUAAACUCCAAGAGUGAGCAG